AUGUCGGCCCAUUCGCCAGAUUCGAUCGUCCACCGUCGGUCCAACACCAAACAGGUGCAUCCGGUGGUUGGACUGAAAAGAGUAUCUUUUCACGAAGACGUUAUUGAACCCAGCAAUGGCAAUCUUAUUCAAAUACGAAUUGGGGAAUGUGGUGAAAGAGAAGCACCGGAAGGACAAGAAGACCCACAAUCAAAUGAAACAUCGUCCAAAGGUUCAGUUUUAAAAUCUAAAAAACAAAAGUUUCCUUCUCUUUACAUGAACAGUUUAAACGUUGAUCUCAAAUCCCAACAAGUCGUUUUAAACCAAAUACAACAGGAAAUCAAGGAAAAAAAGUGGAACUAUAUUUGGGAUAAACAUUUGGAUGUGGGAUCAAACCAACUGAUUAAUAUAAUUAAAAGAGAUUUAUUAUUAAAAACCAAAGAAUCUAUUUAUAAAAUUUAUAGAAUGCUAAGCACUGGUGGAUCACCUUUAUUUGUAGUUAUUACAAAUAUUAGGUUUUGUGUUUUAACUAAAAAUGUAUACACCAAACGGUUAGAAAUAUUCUAUAGUUCAAAUUUUACAAGACUAGAUCUUAUAGCCUUAGGCCCCUGUGAUCAAACUGCAGUCUUUGUUAGCGAAAAAUCAAAAAAGUGUACUUUAAUAACAGCAAUAGAUGUGCAAUCGGCACUAGAAAUGAUUGGCAGUCUUGAAUAUGCUUACAGACGUAGUGGACUUUAUGACCCAAAUAAUGCAUUUGUUGUCAUAAAUAUCAAUUGUGAUGAUAAAUUAUACGAGUCCGUAAAAUGUCAAAUUUCAAUACCUAAGGAUGAAAAAAUCAAAUAUUAUACAUGGUUGUGGUAUUAUAAAGAAAGUGAAUCUUCAAAUAGUUUAAAAUCUCAUUUAGAAGAAUUUUUAAUGGUAAAAAAAGGAUCUAUAUGGAAACCACGAUUUGUGCGUUUAAGUGAAGAUAUUUUAUACAUAUAUGACCAUCCAGAUCAAAAGUUACCAUGUGAAUCAAUACCUUUAAGAUUUGGUCGUUGUAAAAAAGUGAGAAAAAUUCAUUGUGAUCGACCUCACUCUAUUGAAAUUCUACUGAUUAAUUACCCAAUCAUUUUGGCACCAGCUGAUUGUAGUCAAGAAGAAAAAUGGUUUAAUGCUCUAAGCUGUUCUAUGUCAAAUCAUAAAAACUUAAAUGUUGAAUCCAAAUUACCUGAUGGAUACUGUUGUUUGUUGACUAGUAGCCAUAUAGUUUUGUACAAUUUCCCUCACACAGUUACAGACAGCAUGUUAUUAGUCAAUAUGGAUUCAUUGAAACUAUCGCCUUCUCCAUCACACUAUUAUGUUGUAAUUGAGUGGUCCUGUUACGAUGCAACAUUAGAAGAAAGCUGCAAUGAUUGGGUUGUGCAUUUUUCUUGUAAAUCAAGUUGUGAUGAAUUCAUAUCAUGGUUGUGUACUCUAAGACCAGAUUUAAAUGCUUUGGAGUUAGUUGAAAAAAAGUCUAUACAGCGACACCUUAAAAAUAGUAUAACUUUGCAAAGCUCACUAAUUUAA